AUGCAUACUCGGCACACGGAAGAGCUGAGGGGCUAUGGCCAUGGUCCGGAGGCCAGUCCACCAGGCGAAGUCAAGCUUGAGGCUCUCUUGCGUACUGCGAACGAGAAAGAAGGAAAAGAUGACUUUUCGGAGAGUAGUUGCCUCGAUCACUUUCUUUAG